UUUCCUGGUUGCAUUCACUUGCAGUCAGACUUUUAAAACUCGCUUUUGUAAAUGUCUUGUAAAAGCAAAAAAAAAAAAAAAAAUGAAUUUUGCGCUGCCAACUGGGGUGGCAGCUGGGGUGGCAAGGCUUUUUUUAGGGUGGCAGUUGCCACCCCAUGCCACCCCAGUAGAUCCGCCCCUGUUGCUGGGACAUAUUGUUCAUGAGCGUUGCCUUAAGCCGAGCUUGUUAGGGCUUGCUCAAUAAGCAGCCAGGCAGUGUAUGUCACGCUGCAUUAUUAUCGAGGAAACAGUUACUUUAUUACAGCCAUUUUUUGCAAACACACUUAUAUAUAUCAAUACAUACUUAGAGUGAGACUGAUUGUGUUUGGCAAACAUGGAUUGAUGACCACAACAGAGUCACUCUUCUAGUCAAGAGUGUUAGAGGCUCUUCUGGCAUAUUUAUAGCAGGCUCAUCAUAAAGCAUGUUUUAGGCUACAAUUAGUGUAUUUGCGUGAACCAAAUAUCCGAGGACAAUGUGAAAUGCGAUCAUGUCCAACGAGGGGAUUUUACCAUUGGGCUGUUUCUGUCCUGCCUACCAUCUGUCAUCUUUAAAUUUCCGUCCCUUUUGUGGAGCUUGGCUUCACGAAUUCCCCACCUAUCAUCUGUUUUUUAUCAUCUGUUCUGGACGGCUUUUACCAAUCUUUGCAUCGGAACAAUGGGCUCCUCCUACUCUCCUAUUCUCUCUCUCUCGCUCUCUUGCUCUCUGACCUCUUUCCUCCUCUUUUUCUAUCUAUGUCCUAAAUGUGGUUUGUCAACCAUUAGGAGAUUAAUCUACUUCUAACCCUAACUUGUUGCAUUCCUUUGAUCGUUGUCCAACUCAACAUCCAUUCUGUCUCGCCCUGUAACCCACUCCAAUAUUAAAUCAGCAGCGGCUGCAAAGUCCCAUUACCCCAGCGAGAGAAGUCCUACAGAGCAAUAACUGGACCACAGCAGAGGGGGAGGGAUCUCCCACAGCUUCUCUGACACGGUUCCUCCUGAGCCACUGAAGGAGACAGGGACUGCCUGGGACCCCAGUCCGGCACCAUGGGUCGCUGGAUGCUGUUAUUGGCUUUCCUGUUGCUCCUCCAAGGCACUGCGGUGGUGGUGCUGCUCGGCUGGUACUCCGAGGGCAGCCUCUGCCGGCGGCCCCCGCCAGCCCAGGGCAAGGUCCACGUGCUGCUGGUCUCGUCCUGGCGCUCAGGCUCCUCCUUCCUGGGACAAGUCUUCAGCCAGCAUCCGUCCGUCUUCUAUCUGAUGGAGCCCGCCUGGCACGUCUGGUCCCAGCUGUCGAACUAUGGCAGACGCAAGCUGAAGAUGGCAGUGAGGGACCUGGUCCACAGCGUGUUCCAGUGCGACCUGUCGGCGGUGGAGGCCUACCUGCCCGAGCAGCACAACGUGUCCUCGCUGUUCAUGUGGAGCCAGAGCCGGGCUCUCUGCACCCCGCCCGCGUGUGCGCUGGCCGCCCGCGACCGCCUCAGCGACCCCAACGAAUGCCAGAAAAAGUGUGACGCCAGGGGGCUGCGGGGCGCCGAGGCGGCCUGCCGCAGCUACAGCCACGUGGUGCUGAAGGAGGUGCGCUUCUUCGAGCUGGAGUCCCUGUACCCGCUCCUGCGAGACCCCAGCCUGGACCUGCGGAUCGUCCACCUGGUGCGGGACCCGCGGGCCGUGAUGUCCUCCAGGGAGAAGAAGGCCGCCGCCUUCUACACGGACAGCGGCAUCGUGCUGGACCACGCCAAAGUCCCCGACCAGCAGCUGCAGCUGGAGGUCAUGCAAGAGGUGUGCCGCAGCCACGUGCGCAUCCACGAGCAAGCCACCCAGAAGCCCCCGGACUUCCUGAGGGGCCGCUACAAGAUGGUGCGUUAUGAGGACAUAGUGCGGAACACCCUGGUCGAGGUCAACGACCUGUACAAGUUUGUGGGACUGGAGAUGACCACGCGGGUCGGAGAAUGGAUCUACAAAGUCACCCAUGGGAAAGACUCCAAAGGGGGCAUCUUCGAGAUCAUCUCACAGAACGCCACAUACCUUUCCCAGGCAUGGCGCGCCACACUGGACCACAGCAAGGUCGUACGUAUCCAGGAGUUGUGCAAAGGUGCCAUGUCGUUGCUAGGGUACAGGAUAGUUAAUAGUGUACAAGAGCAGAAAGGUGUCAGUGUGGACCCUGUUAGCCCGAAGGGAGGGUACGAGUUUAGCUGGCUCCCUGCCAAAACAGAGACUGACAAAGGUAAAUGAAAAGAUUAGCCGCUUGGAGACCCACUGGUCUGUAGAGAGUACACACCUUUUAGGUCCUGACUAUUAGAAAAUCCUUUGGUAAAGACGACUUGAAUGACAAGAACACAAGGGAAUGUUUUGUGUUGAAUUAACUGUGAACUGUCAGUUCAUAUAGGUACGCUAUGCUAGUAUUCCUUAGUGCUUAUGUUGAGCAAUAACUAUAUCAACGUUUGGGGCUCAUGCUAAAACAUUCCAGAGGUUUGCACAACACAGACAUCUGAAUUAAAAAAGAUGCUCCACCUAGUCCUAACAGGACUAGGUGGAGAGAUUAUAUCUCAACACUGGCCUGGGAACACCUCAGGAUCCCCCCGUCAGAGCUGGUCAAUGUGGCCCGGGAAAGGGAAGUCUGGGGCCCCCUGCUUGAGCUGCUCCCCCCGCGACCCGACCCCGGAUAAGCGGAAGAAGAUGAGAUGAUGAGAUGCUCCUAAUUUUGAAUAUGUACAUAUUAUGUAGAAUCGACUUAUUACGUUUUUAAUCAAAGCUCUCUCGCUUAUUAUCUUUUACAAGAUCUUGAACAGAGAUUAUAAUAUUUAUUUGAAAGAAAAUGUAAGAGAAAACCUAUAAAAUGGAGUAACAGACAGAUACAAUUGAGGCGACCACAUUGUUUGCCAACCGUCAAAAACCACAUCCUAGUGUUGGAAUACACUACGAGAAUAUAUUUUGCAUGAUUUAUUACAAUCGAACCAUUGAAUAGUUACUUUAUUGUUCAUAAUGCUUUUGCUAGAUGGAAAGGGGGAUCUCAAAUGCAAAUGCUUCCAAAGAUCAUCUCACGUGAUAUGUAUUGGGCUAAACCAAAUAAGUUGGGCUCCAUUGGGCUUUUAUUUAGCCUUUUGUAUUUGUCAAAUAAAUUCAAGCUCUGGGAGGUUUCAUGUAUUGCUGAAUAUGUUUAUCCAUCAUUCAGUCUUUGGUCUUAGACAUUUUGGACAAUAGUUAAAUUUCUUUGAAUAUGAAACGCAUGGUUACUUUCAAAUUGAACAGGGACAUUUUAACUUCAAUAUUACCUUGGAAUUCAACACAAAAUGUUGCCAAAGUUGCCAAUUCUUCACUGUACAGUCUAACUUUGUGGCCUUGAUAUUAAAAUAAAUAUUUUUUCUGGGGAUAAUGUUGCAUGUCAAACUUCUGUGACAGGAUGGUUUGGUUGUAAUGAAAUAUCCUAUCCUAGUUAACACUAGUAUCCUAGUGUUAUCCUAGACAAGGAUACUCGUGUAUCCUUGUCAACAAGGAAACAAUACUAUCCUUAUCGCUUGUUGGAUACUAGCUGGGUACACACUAUUGUGUGUUCCCAUAACUAUCGUGUGUUUCCUGGGUAGACACUCGUGUGUUCCCAGCAACAGAUGAUAAUGUGGCUGGGUACUUUCUACACCUCAACUACAUCUCAACUUUCUACAUCUAUACUGCAAUGUUUCCUCAUUUCUCAUUCUUAUUGAUCAUAAUUAGUUCACGUGUUUGCCUACUAAAAUUUGGGUCAAUGGACACUGAUAGAGCCACAUUGGCUAUAUUUCCAACUUCCCUAGCAACUAUUUAUGUUUUAUGUAGAAAUUAUUGAGGCUAUUUAUGCUUUACUGUACUUGACUUAUGGUUGAAUAUAACAAUAAAUAAUGACUUUUUGCUGCAUAA